AUGCCAACUAGCCGAGCAUACCUACAGACAGGCGAUAUGACCAGUCGGGGGUGGGAAGAGGAGAGGAGGCAAAGAAGCGGCAACGUGAAGAGGCAGCCUCAAUUGAAGCUGUUAAAAAGGCCGAGAGGAAGUGGAAAGAAGCGAGGAAUGUGUCGCGAAGAUGAGCUCUCUUGUCCACUGACAGCAUGUGUCAUGGCUGCUCAUCGCGAGCUGGCGUCGCAGGGGUCGAGGCAUACGCGGCCGACUGAGUGCUCCUGUUUUGUUAUUCCCACCUACAAUUUAACACCUUCUUACCAAUUCUCUCACCUUCUUACAUUCAUUCUAUCCUAUUGCCAUGAACGCGGGCCUCCGUAA